UUACAUCCUUGUCGGAUGAACUUCAAUUAUUGUGUAACUUUGUGUUUUGUUAGUAGCAUAUAAACAUGACAUGUGAUUCGAGUCACAAACCAUCAUCUCAAAACACUCGGAACCGCAAGUAGAAGAAUUAGCCAAAUUAAGUGAUCGAGUGUUUCAGAGAGAACGAUGAGGAAAGUAAUCAAAUACGAUAUGGAGGUAGCUGUCUCAGCUGAUUCAGUUUGGGCAGUUUACAGUUCACCGGAUAUUCCUAGACUUCUCAGAGAUGUUCUACUUCCCGGUGUCUUCGAGAAGUUAGAUGUUAUUGAAGGGAAUGGCGGCGUCGGAACAGUUCUUGACAUUGUUUUCCCUCCAGGUGCGGUUCCUCGAAGUUACAAGGAGAAAUUUGUCAAUAUCGAUCGCGAAAAGCGAUUGAAAGAAGUGAUCAUGAUCGAAGGAGGAUACCUGGACAUGGGAUGCACAUUUUACUUGGAUAGGAUCCAUGUAGUGGAGAAAACCAAGAGCUCAUGCGUUAUUGAAUCGUCUAUUGUUUACGAUGUGAAAGAAGAGUGCGCCGAUGCCAUGUCUAAAUUGAUCACAACUGAACCAUUGAAGUCCAUGGCGGAAGUCAUUUCUAAUUACGUUAUUCAGAAAGAAUUAUUUUCUGCCAGAAACAUUCUAAGCAAGCAAUCUGUAGUGAAGAAGGAGAUUCGAUACGACCUGGAGGUACCAAUCUCAGCUGAUUCUAUCUGGUCAGUUUACAGCUGCCCUGAUAUCCCUCGGCUUCUUAGAGAUGUUCUACUUCCUGGUGUGUUCGAGAAAUUGGAUGUCAUUGAAGGGGAUGGUGGUGUUGGGACUGUUCUUGACACUGUCUUCCCUCCAGGUGCAGUUCCUCGAAGUUACAAAGAGAAAUUCGUUAACAUUGACCGCGAGAAGCGAUUGAAAGAGGUUAUCAUGAUCGAAGGAGGAUACUUGGACAUGGGAUGCACGUUUUACUUGGACAGGAUCCAUGUAGUGGAGAAAAGCCUGAGCUCGUGUGUUAUCGAAUCGUCUAUUGUUUAUGAAGUAAAAGAAGAGUAUGCUGAUGCCAUGUCUAAAUUAAUCACAACUGAACCAUUGAAGUCGAUGGCGGAAGUCAUCUCUAAUUACGUUAUCCAGAGAGAAUCAUUUUCCGCAAGAAACAUUCUCAACAAAAAUUCUUUGGUGAAGAAGGAGAUUCGGUAUGACCUGGAGGUUCCAACCUCAGCUGAUUCUAUCUGGUCAGUUUACAGCUGCCCGGAUAUUCCUCGGCUUCUUAGAGAUGUUUUACUUCCCGGUGUGUUCCAGAAAUUGGAUGUUAUCGAAGGGAAUGGUGGUGUUGGUACAGUUCUUGAUAUCGUUUUUCCUCCAGGUGCGGUACCUCGUAGUUACAAGGAGAAAUUUGUGAACAUCAACCACGAAAAGCGAUUAAAAGAAGUGAUUAUGAUCGAAGGAGGAUAUUUAGACAUGGGAUGCACAUCUUACCUGGACAGGAUCCAUGUAGUUGAAAAAACCUCUAAAUCUUGUAUCAUUAAAUCUUCUGUUGUCUAUGAAGUGAAGCAAGAGUGUGUUGAGGCAAUGUCUAAGUUGAUCACGACGGAACCAUUGAAGUCGAUGGCAGAAGUUAUCUCUAAUUACGCUAUGAAGCAACAAUCUGUUUCUGAGAGAAACAUUCCUAAGAAGCAAUCUCUACUGAGGAAGGAAAUUACUUAUGAAACGGAGGUGCAAACUUCUGCUGAUUCAAUUUGGAACGUCUACAGUUCUCCUGACAUCCCUCGACUACUUAGAGAUGUUCUGCUUCCUGGUGUUUUUGAAAAGCUAGAUGUCAUAGCAGGCAAUGGUGGAGUUGGUACGGUACUGGAUAUUGCCUUCCCUCUAGGUGCAGUGCCACGGAGGUACAAGGAGAAAUUUGUGAAGAUCAACCAUGAGAAGCGAUUGAAAGAAGUGGUGAUGAUCGAAGGAGGAUACUUAGACAUGGGGUGCACAUUUUACAUGGACAGGAUCCAUAUCUUUGAGAAAACCCCAAACUCAUGUGUUAUCGAAUCCUCGAUCAUUUACGAAGUUAAAGAAGAGUAUGCUGGUAAAAUGGCUAAGCUAAUCACAACUGAACCAUUGGAAUCCAUGGCAGAAGUCAUCUCUGGUUAUGUUCUUAAGAAACGACUCCAAGUAUUCGGAUUCGAGAUUAAGCCAAAAUUAAGAUUCAAUCUUUUGCUAUGUUUGAUUAUCUGUCUGGUUAUAGCUGGAGGUAUGUUUGUUGCUGGUGUUCCACUCUAAGGUUCAGGAUUUUUCUUAAAUGUAAUUUUGGAAAUAAAGAAUAGCUUAAAACCAUGCAUUGCAUUGCAGAGGUUUAGUUCUAAUUCGUGCAAUUUUCACAUGUAAUUCACAAAUCUAAAAGAUGAUAAACGAUUGUAAUAAUAGUUUCUGGCGAUGUUUGAAAAAUGGGUUUAGAAUGUGAUAAUAGUUUCAGGCAAUGUUU